AUGGGCGACUCGACCUCCACAGAGGUGAACGGCUUUGUGGGCUGGCUGACUUCCUUUGUGGCUUUCUUCGCCUACUUCUUCUGGUCCCUCAGCAGCAGAGAGCAGCUCGAGAGGCUCGGCAUCAGCUACUACCCGGACAGGUACUGGGCGCUGUCGCUUCCUGUGUUGCUGCUGGUCGUGCUAGCUGUUGUCUUCUUCGGCUAUGUCUUAAUCAACAUGCUGUACUCCCCGCCUCCUGACGACAUGCGGCAGUUCACAGAUAGUCGAGCCAGGGCGCCUUCCCCAGAAGCUGAGCGUUCGCUCCAGCUUAUGGCUGGCGCGUCUGCUGUAGCAGUGGCAUCAGCGGCCGCAGCAGCAGCAAGAGGUCACCCGCAGCAGGUCAACUGCCAGGACCAUAUCCAGAAGCCUGUUGUGAACUUGCUGCAGCGGCACCAGCAGCAGCACCACCACCACAGGCAUACCGGCACAAUAGGCGACAUCCCUCUUGCACUUGUCUCGCGGGUGUUAUUCCCCUUAAACCCAAACUUGGAGGGCAGACCUGCAGUCCUCGGGGGCCCUCCCUUCUACUACGAGCCGCUCAAGCCCAAGCCCUGA